AGCUAAUGGGAAGUUCGUGAUUUCCUGGGAAACCUUCAGUUCCAGCUUCAGUUUCUGACCUGAUCCAAGUCAGACUUCAGAUUCUGGUCUGAUUGGGUUUUCCCAGUUCACCAACCCAGAACAGAACCAGUCCAAACCCCGGCCAAAGCUGGUCUGGUAAAGUCAUCUGUUUCAAGAAUAAAUGUUUUAAAUGGCUUUAAAUUGCAGUUCCAAAUCAGGUUCUGUAAAACAUUUAAAUCCGCUUGGAUCAGAACGUUAGACACUUCCGGUCGGACGUUCAUAUCAGUUUGAAAUCAACUUUAUUUUGGAGAUCACUACAGAAGCGGAAGUUGUUUUAUUGUGAAGGGUUGAGUUCCUGCCCACGAUGGGAGACGGAUUUUGCGAAGAGCUCGAAGAUUUGGUUCAUUUCUCCGUGCACGACCUGCCCGCGCGAGGUUAUGUCGUCAUGGAGGAGAUCCGACGUCAGGGAAAGCUUUGUGACGUCACGAUUAAGGUCGGCGAUCAUAAGUUCAGCGCUCACCGGAUUGUCCUGGCUGCCUCCAUCCCGUACUUCCAUGCCAUGUUCACCAAUGACAUGGUGGAGUGCAAACAGGAUGAGAUCCUGAUGCAAGGCAUGGAUCCCAGCGCACUGGAAGCGCUCAUCAACUUUGCCUACAGCGGUCAUGUGGCCAUCGACCAACAGAAUGUUCAGGCUCUCCUGAUUGCCUCCAGCUUCCUGCAGCUCCAGAACGUUAAAGAUGCCUGCUGCUCCUUCCUGCAAGACAGGUUACAUCCCAAAAACUGUCUGGGCGUGCGGCAGUUUGCCGAGGCGAUGAUGUGCACGACAUUGUACGACUCCGCCAACACCUUCCUCCACCAGCACUUUGUAGACGUCUCCUUAUCCGAGGAGUUCUUGGGUCUGAGGACGGAGGAGGUCCUGGAGCUGGUGGCCUGUGAUGAGCUCAAUGUGAAGGCAGAGGAACAGGUGUUUGAGGCCAUGUUGGCCUGGGUUCAUCAUGACCCGGACCAGAGGAAGCUCCUGCUGCCCGAGCUCCUGUCAAAGAUCAGACUUCCUCUGUGUCAGCCUCAGUUCCUGUCCGACCGCGUUCAGCAGGAGCACCUGAUUCGCUGCUGCCAUAAAUGCAGAGAUCUGGUGGAUGAAGCCAAGGAUUUCCACCUGGUCCCAGAGAGGCGCCCUCACCUGCCCACCUUCAGGACCAGACAGAGGUGCUGCACAUCUGUGUCAGGAUUCAUCUAUGCAGUGGGUGGACUGAACAGCUCAGGUGACUCUUUAAAUGUGGCCGAGGUCUUUGAUCCAGUGGGCAACUUCUGGGAGCGAUGUCAGCCAAUGAGGACAGCUCGCAGCAGAGUGGGCGUGGCUGUUGUCAACGGGCUGCUGUAUGCUCUUGGCGGAUACGACGGCCAAUCGCGGCUCAGUACAGUGGAGGUGUACAACCCAGAGACAGACACCUGGGUUCAGGUGUCGAGUAUGAACAGCCGGCGCAGCGCCAUGGGAACCGUUGUGAUUGACGGGCACAUCUAUGUGUGUGGUGGUUAUGAUGGGAAGUCAUCUCUGAACUCAGUGGAAUGUUACUCUCCCGAAACCGACAGGUGGACGGUGGUAACAGAGAUGAGCGUGAGCCGUAGCGCCGUUGGUGUGACGGUGUUUGAUGGGCGGAUCUUUGUGUCAGGUGGCCAUGAUGGUCUGCAGAUCUUCAACACGGUGGAGUACUACAACCACCACACAGACCGCUGGCACCCAGCAGUGGCCAUGUUGAACAAACGUUGCCGUCAUGGCGCAGCAACACGUGGCAGCCACAUGUACGUGGCAGGUGGGUAUGAUGGCUCGGGCUUCCUGAGUGGUGUGGAGGUGUUCAGCUCAGCUUCGGCGCAGUGGAGCCUCCUGGUGGCCAUGAACACACGGCGCAGCCGAGUGUCAUUGGUAUCUACAGCAGGUCGCCUGUACGCAGUGGGUGGCUACGAUGGACAGUCCAACCUCAGCUCUGUGGAGAUGUUCAACCCGGACACCAACCGCUGGACCUUCAUGGCCCCCAUGGUGAGCCACGAAGGGGGGGUAGGUGUCGGCUGCAUCCCCCUGCAGCCUGUAUAAAUGCACCAACCACCGAACAGGACCGACACUUUACAGGUGGCAGGGGCGGGGCCUCGGGUGGUGUCUGCUGAGCUUUGUGGUACGAAGGCCAGGCUCACACCUGCACAGUGACGCCAGGCCCACACGGCAUUCUGGGAACAAAGUGUAGCGCUAGCCUGCUUGUAGCACAUGUGUGAUUAAUUUAUGUUCAUUUGUGAUUGAUCAGCUACCUGAUGGUAGGAGCUCCAGAUGGCCCAGACAGGAAAUUACAUCAUGUCUGAGGUUUUCUUGAGGUCCAGCAGCACCCUCUACAGGCCAUCCUAGUCCUGGUCUGUUUGAGCCUGCUCAGUCCAUGUUAUCUACAAGGUGGCGGAGAGACACCCUCUCCUGAGGAGUGGAGCCAGAAGCAGAGCCGGCGUUUACAUACAAACCUGGACAGCAUUUCCUAAAUGGUUUUUCAGUGUGAUGUCAUGUCAAGAUUUAAUAUAAAAGACUUUAUUCUGAAA